UCACCACACUUCCAAUCAUACGGAAACAAAAGUCUGUCGAUUCACUUCCCGUUCUCUCUUAAAUAAAUAAAGGUUGCCCUAAUUGAAUCGAUCGAGUAUUUUUCUAUUGUUCUGUUCCCGCCGCGAGAUUUAUUGAAUUGAUGGACAAGUUCAAUUUUGUGAAAGAUGGAGCGAUAAAACUGCCUCCUGGUUUUCGGUUUCAGCCCACUGAUGAAGAGAUUGUGUUUCAAUACUUGAUACGCAAAACAUUUUCUUGUCCCUUGCCUGCUUCCAUCAUCCCUGAAAUCAAUAUUUGCAAUCACGACCCCUGGGAUUUACCUGGUGACAUAGAGCAGGAUAGAUAUUUCUUCAGCAACAAGGAAGCUAAAUAUAGAAAUGGUAAUCGAGCAAACAGGGCAACUACAGGUGGCUAUUGGAAGCCAACUGGUUUAGACAAACAAAUUACAUGCAAUAAGAGGAAACCAAUCAUUGGCAUGAAGAAAACUCUUGUUUUCUAUAAAGGAAAGACUACUUCUCAUGCUGAUAGAACUGAUUGGAUUAUGCAUGAAUAUCGUCUUGUUCUCCCCAAAUAUUCAUCCUCCAAUUUACAUGGCGAUUUCAAGAAAUCCUCUCAGAUUCAAAUGGGAAAUUGGGUUCUUUGUCAUAUAUUCUUGAAGAAGAGAAAUGGAAAAUGUGAUGAAGAAAUUGUUGAGGCUGAUUAUCAUGAUGAUAAUUACAAGGCUCAUGAUGUUCAACUAGCAAAACCAAUAGUGUAUUAUGAUUUUAUGAGGGAAGAUAAUUUGAGUGAUACUAGAGAUGCAGCUUCCUCUUGUUCUUCUUCUUUGAGCAUUAAUGAUGAUGCAAACGACGACGUUUCUUCAUCUCCAACUACUCUGCUACAACAUCAACAAUCUACUAAUCCACCUCUUUAAUUCAUAAUAUUGUACUUUUUAAAUCUUCUCAUUGUUUGAUGCAAUAAUAAUUUCUUAUUUUCUUCAAACAAAAUUAAAACAUUUAUCUGGUGUAUCUCUUAUAAAAGGAUUAAUAUUAAUAGUAAUAGUGUUCUCUCUUA